ACCGGCAGGUGAGCCGCGGAGGCGCGCGUGGUCCCAGCGCCGCGCGGAAGAGGAUGCGGUUGUCAAGGCGACGUGAAUAGGCGGAGAGGACGAAGGGAGGAGGAAGGAUGGGCGGCCUUGGCGUAGCCGCAGGGAGGUGACUGAGCGAGCCCGGCCCCUUGCAUCCUCCCCCUGUGUGCCUCCCUCCCCCGUUUUUCCUCCUCCUGCCAGCAGAAGCAGCCGCCGCAGCACCUGAGCCGCUACUGCCGUUCGCUCAGGACAACGCGAUGGCUGAGCCUGGCCACGGCCACCAUCCCUCUGCCAGAGGCGGGGGAGGAGCUGAGAAGCUCACGUCCCAGCUUCUGUACCUCCUGUUCUGGGCUGGGACCACCUUCCGGGUCACCCAGGGAACUGGACCGGAGCUUCACGCCUGCAAAGAGUCGGAGUACCACUACGAGUACACUGCGUGUGACAGCACGGGCUCCAGGUGGAGGGUCGCUGUGCCACACACACCGGGUCUAUGCACCAGCCUCCCCGAUCCCGUCAAGGGCACCGAGUGCUCUUUCUCUUGCAACGCUGGGGAGUUUCUGGAUAUGAAGGACCAGUCCUGUAAGCCGUGUGCCGAGGGCCGCUACUCCCUGGGCACAGGCAUCCGCUUUGAUGAGUGGGAUGAGCUGCCCCACGGCUUUGCCAGCCUCUCCGCCAACAUGGAGAUUGAGGACAAUACCAUGGAGUCCACUGAGAACUGCACUUCGUCCAAGUGGGUCCCCCGGGGUGACUACAUCGCCUCGAACACGGACGAGUGCACAGCCACACUGAUGUACGCCGUCAGCCUGAAGCAGUCUGGCACCGUGAACUUUGAGUACUACUACCCAGACUCCAGUAUCAUCUUUGAGUUUUUUGUCCAGAAUGAUCAGUGUCAGCCCAACGUGGACGACUCCAGGUGGAUGAAAACCACGGAGAAAGGAUGGGAAUUCCACAGUGUUGAGCUAAAUCGAGGCAAUAAUGUCCUCUACUGGAGAACCACAGCCUUCUCAGUGUGGUCCAAAGUUUCCAACCCUGUGCUGGUGAGAAACAUCGCCAUCACAGGAGUGGCCUAUACCUCUGAAUGCUUCCCCUGCAAGCCGGGCACGUACGCAGCCAAGCAGGGCUCCUCUUUCUGCAAACUUUGCCCAGCCAACUCUUACUCAAAUAAAGGAGAAACGUCUUGCCACCCUUGUGACUCUGACAAAUAUUCAGAAAAAGGAGCCUCUUCCUGCAAAAUGCGCCCAGCCUGCACAGACAAAGAUUAUUUCUACACACACACGGCCUGUGAUGCCAACGGAGAGACGCAGCUCAUGUACAAAUGGGCCCAGCCAAAAAUCUGUGAUGAAGAUGCUGAGGGGGCAGUGAAGCUCCCCGCCUCUGGUGUGAAGAAACGCUGCCCACCCUGCAACCCAGGCUUCUUCAAAACCAGCAACAGCACCUGCGAGCCCUGCCCUUAUGGCACUUACUCCAAUGGCUCUGAUUGUACCCACUGCCCCGCUGGAACGGAGCCCGUCCUCGGAUAUGAAUACAAAUGGUGGAACAUGCUGCCUGCGAACAUGGAGACGACUGUCCUCAGUGGGAUCAACUUUGAAUACAAAGGCCUGACAGGCUGGGAGGUGGCUGGUGAUCACAUAUACACAGCUGUUGGAGCCUCAGACAAUGACUUCAUGAUUCUCACUCUGGUUGUGCCAGGAUUUAGACCCCCACAGUCAGUGACGGCAGACACAGAGAAUAAGGAGAUGGCCAGGAUCACAUUUAUCUUUGAGACCAUCUGCUCCGUGAACUGUGAGCUCUACUUCAUGGUGGGUGUGAAUUCGAGGACCAACACCCCUGUGGAGACGUGGAAAGGUUCCAAAGGCAAGCAGUCCUACACCUACAUCAUUGAGGAGAAUGCCACUAUGAGCUUCACCUGGGCCUUCCAGAGGACCACGCUUCACUACAUAGGCAGAAAGUACACCAACGACGUUGCCAAGAUCUACUCCAUCAAUAUCACAAAUGUCAUGGACGGUGUGGCCUCCUAUUGCCGCCCGUGUGCCCUGGAAGCCUCUGACAUGGGCUCCUCCUGCACCGCUUGUCCUGCUGGUUACUACAUCAACCGAAAUUCUGGAACCUGCCAUCCCUGCCCCCCCAACACCAUCCUGAAAGCUCACCAGCCGUACGGUGCCCAGGCCUGCAUGGCUUGUGGUCCAGGGACCAGGAGCAACCAGGCCCACUCUCUCUGCUAUAAUGAUUGCACCUUCUCACAAAAGAACCCGUCCAGGAGCUUCAGCUACAACUUCUCAGCUUUGGCAAACACGGUCUCUCUGGCUGGAGGGCCAAGCUUCACUUCGAAAGGCCUGAAGUAUUUCCAUCACUUUACCCUGAGUCUCUGUGGAAACCAGGGUAAGAAAAUGUCCGUGUGUGCGGACAACGUCACCGACCUCCGGAUCCCUGAGGGUGAAUCGGGUUUCUCCAAAUCCAUCACGGCCUAUGUUUGCCAGUCAGUCAUCAUCCCCUCCGAGGUGACAGGGUACAAGGCCGGGGUGUCCUCACAGCCUGUCAGCCUUGCUGAUCGCCUUGUGGGGGUGUCAACAGACGUGACUCUGAACGGAAUCACCUCCCCGGCUGAACUCUUCCACCCGGAGACCUUGGGGAUACCAGACGUGAUCUUCUUUUUUAGGUCCAGUGAUGUAACCCAGUCCUGCAGUUCUGGAAGAUCAACCACCAUCCGCCUCAGAUGCAAUCCACUGAAAACUGCUCCUGGAAGCCUGUCAUUACCAAGCAUGUGCUCUGAUGGGACCUGCGACGGCUGUAACUUCCACUUCCUGUGGGAGAGCGUGGCCGCUUGUCCACUUUGCUCGGCUGCUGACUACCACACUUUCGUCAGUAGCUGUGUGGCUGGGAUCCAGAAGACCACUUACGUAUGGCGAGAACCAAAGAUAUGCUCUGGUGGCAUCUCCCUACCUGAGCAGAGAGUCACCAUCUGCAAAAUGAUAGAUUUCUGGCUGAAAGUGGGCAUCUCUGCAGGCACCUGUAGCGCCAUCCUACUCACGGUCCUCACCUGCUACUUUUGGAAGAAGAAUCAAAAACUUGAGUACAAGUACUCCAAGUUAGUGAUGAACGCGACCCUUAAGGACUGCGACCUCCCAGCAGCUGAUAGUUGUGCCAUCAUGGAGGGUGAAGAUGUGGAAGAUGAUCUCAUCUUUACCAGCAAGAAGUCUCUCUUUGGAAAGAUCAAAUCAUUUACCUCCAAGCAGCCAGCUCCUGUCACCAUCUCUCUUUCAGAGGACUCCUGAUGGAUUUGACUCAGUGCCACUGAAGACGUCCUCAGGAGGCCCAGACAUGGACCUGUGAGAGGCACCGCCUGCCUCACCUGCCUCCUCACCUUGGCGUAGCACUUUGCAAGCCUGUGACGAUCUGGGUGCCAGCGUCCUGCAAUACCCACUGCUGGAAAUCUCUUCAUUGUGGCCUUAUCAGAAGAAGUUUGAAUUUCAGAUCUUUGUUUUUUAUAGAGUACCCAAACUUCCCUUUCUGCUUGCCUCAAACCUGCCAAAUAUACCCACACUUUGUAUAUUAUUCCCUUGCUUGCAUCUUGUUUCCUUAGACGGUCCAGCCAGCAGAGCCAUAGCCCCCUCUGCCGUAAUUCUUCUAGCUCUGGAGUGAAAAUAUUUCUCUCUUUAGGAUAAAACUAAGUCACUGGAGGACAGGAACAGCUGGGAGUUUUCCUGGUCAUAUACCGUCAGCUCAUGAUCUCUUUACAGGAAAGACUGGGUGAGUGGGAGGUCGGGAUUCUUAGAAGGUGAUCCUCGAGGAUUCAGCUGAAUUCACUUGUCCAGGGUAGACAGCUCAAACAGAGGGCAAGCUGAGCAAAGCCUGGGACAGAAGAGAAGCACAAACAGGAGAGAAAGAACGGGUUCUUUUGUUUUAUAACCAGGUACCUCAUUUCAUUCUGUUAAGUAAGUAAUAUAUUCUCACUAAAGCCAAAGGAAAAUGUUAUCAAGAAAAUGCCAAAGCCCUGGUGGAUCUAUUCUCUCAGUUAUUUAUUUACUUAUUUUUAUCUCUCUAUGACACUAAAAACACAGGAGGCCGAGCUUUCAAUGGGGCUCCAGCCCACAGUGGCACAGACCUGAGGCAGUCAUGCUGUCUGCUCCUGAGCUCAACUUACCUGCUGAGCCACAGAAUUAAAAACUUCUAGGCUGGCCAGAAAGGAAACUGAACCCCUAGCCCAUACCCCAGCAGCAAAACCAGACCUGUCUUCAGGAGGCAAGAGUAGGGGAGUUUAAUGACGUAUUCACUAAACUGGGGUGCUUCUCACUGCUAAGCUCCUAUCCCGGUGUUUUAUGCAUUCGCAUCUGCUUCGUGCACUAAAAUACUACAAAGAGUUCUGGCCCCCAUUUCUGGCAACAGUCCCUUUGAAAAGUGAAUAGAAUGCGUAUCCUCUCUGCCCCUUUCUCCCUUUCAUUCUAACUAUAGUCUGUAAACUUGAAGUAUCUAGAAUGGUAAAACCACAGCAAGACUUUCAGUUACUUUUUUCUUUCUACUACUGGCAAGUCUCCCUCCUUUAUCAGGCUAGACUAACCUGUCCCAGUUGCCCAUGGUUUGUACCUGUGCCCUUGUUCUAUUGACCAAUUGGUGACCAGAUGGUCAGAAUAGAAUAGAGAGGCAUUUCUGAACAGUUCGUCUGCCAACAAAGUGGUUUUCUCAUCUGAUUAGCUAUCAUUGCCUUGACUUCAGCCUUAUAAAAGUCAGUGAGAAGAGGAGCCCCAUUAUAACUUCUAGCCAUCAACAUCACUGUGGUAGGAAGUCCCUUUGGCUCAGUAAAUCUAGAUGCUGGUCUUGAACUCACUAUGUAGUCCAGGCUAACCCUGAACUCUUAGCAAUCCUCCCUCAACCUCCCUAGUGCUGGGGUUAAUGGCAUGCACCAUCAUGUCUGUCUGGAUGGUUUUCUUGGAUAAACAGCCCUCCCCGCUUUUGUGGUAAUCAGAUUCCCAGAACCAGUGGCCAUGCUGGAAUUUCUCCUGGUGGACGCACAUAUGUACACCUGCAGCCCCGAUCUCCAGCCUUCUGCAGCAUCAGCAACACCUGGGUAUCUGCUUCCUACUAAGUAGCUCCCUUUUCUGACAAAGGCCACACAAGGGCCUUAGACUAUUCCAGAAAAACUUUAUCCCUCUGACUUCUUUAUUCUGCUAUCUUGAAUCUGAAUGUCCCCAGAACAACCUGAAACUUCACUGAUUUUUUUUUCACUGAUUUAGUUAUAGUGCUCUAAGGAUCUCCUUUUUAUGGGGCUGAUUUCUGAAGGAAAGGGGUCAUCCUUUGCUCUCCAAAAAAUUACAUGCUUUAGAUUUUUAAGAGCUUUAUUGAGCUAUAAUUCAUACCAUACAAUUUGUCCCCCUUAAAAUAUACAAUUCAAUGGAUUUAGUAUACAUUUUUUUGUUGUGGUUGUUGUUAUCAUGCUACACUUGCUAGGCAAGUGCUCUACCACUGAGCUACACCCCUAGCCCUGUACAUCCAUUUUAGAAGAGACACAUGUUAGAUCUGCUGUGGGAAAAAGGCUUUAUCCCUUGACCCAGGACCACCAUGGUUUGUACAAGUUAUUGAGGAAGACCAUGUAGGCUCAGGAGAUAAAAUGCUUAAAUCUCAUUUGGUUACCUAGAGUCCUGGGACACAUAAGUAACUUUCAUCCCGUAGUUGACACCUAUAUUCACCUGGGAAUACAAAUACGAUUGUGGUGUAUCUAAGGACCAGAGGAUUUCUUAUGCCCACAAAACAUUUGGGGGGGGGUGGUCUAACUCUAUAUUAAAGAUAAGAUGGACUAUAUUUAUACAACAGAGACUUUGUAUCAGAUUUUUCAGCUUUGUGAAAUCAAUUUUUUUCUCAUCAGGACUGGUUGGAUUUCCUUUUUAUUCUGUAUUCCAAACAUGUAUAGUUUAUUAGGGGAUGGGUUAUUGGCAUGUCACAUUUGGGGGGGGGAAUAUGCAAUAAAAAUGUACCUUUUGA